UCGUGUUUAGCAGACGAUUCGUUUCAAGAGAAGGCAAGCAAAAAGAAAAAGGGUGUUUUUACAUUUCAUAAUUUUCAUAUUUUUUAGCCGAACAACAAAACAAAAAAUGAGUACCAGAACGUAUAAUCCGUCCGUUAGAGUUGGCAACUGGAAUGAAGACAUUUGUCUGGAGGAGGACAUGCUGAAGGAUUUUCUGGAGACACGAGAUAGAGGAGAGUUGGCCAUACAGCAGGCAUCAAAACUCAGAGAAAUGAUUUUAAAACAGACUGACUUAUCUGUCACCAUAGAUGGUUUCCUACACUUUGGUGACCGUGUGAUGCUUCGUAACGAGGCCGAUGCCAACCAGAUCAAAACCCAGCCCGGCGUCGAGCCGCGCCAAGCCAACACGCUAGCCGUUAACAUGUCAGAGAUGAAGAUGAACAGUUCUGUACAGUUCGAAGGCACCUGUAACAUUAGUGGAAGUAGAAUUCUGACACCGUGUGCAAGGAACACAUUUGUUAUUUUACCUGUUGAGGCUGGAAUUGCCGAGGGCACACCACUUCGCUAUGGUCAACACUUCUGUCUCUGCACACUGCCUGGAAUAGCUGGAAAUCUGAAAUUGAGGAGUGACAUCGCCACAUUCCAGCAAUCAGCCAAGAAGACCCGUAAGCAGCUCGUCACAUUUGAAGAAUGCUCUACGUAUUUGAUUCAAUGGAGAAUCCUUCACUUUGACCCUCAACUUAGAAUGGAGACAGAAGGACUUCCUGUACCAGCUAACCAGAAAAUCAUCUUCAACCACUGCAAGACCAACCAAGACUUGUGUGUAAUAAGUGAUGCUACUGUAAGGACACCUUUUGGCCGUGAAUAUGAGAUCGUGGCCUACACGGACUUGGACUCUCACCGCGCCGAGAAAGACGUCAACCACUGGAUCAUCCAGACUGGUCACCCACCAGAGCCAACAGGCCCUGCAGCUACGUUACCGUUGGGUGUCCAACAAUGAGGUGAUAUG